AUGGAAAGUAAAGAUUGGGUUGCCGGAAUAAGCAAAAGUGAUGCUGGAAGAUACAGCAGGCAACUUCUGGUAGACGAUUUUGGGGUAUCUGGCCAGAAAAACUUGAAAAACACAGCAGUACUCAUUGUCGGAGCUGGAGGACUUGGUUGCCCAGUGGCAACUUAUUUAGGAGCUGCUGGUGUUGGAACUCUCGGAAUCGUGGAUUAUGAUCGUAUUUCUCUGGACAAUCUUCACAGACAAGUCGCAUACAAAGAAGAUCAGGUUGGGCAAUCUAAAUCGCAAGGAUUAGCAGAUAAUGUUAAAUUGCAAAACAGUGGUGUGACUACUGUAGUCCAUAAUGUCUCACUGGAUAGCUCAAAUGCUAUGGAAAUCUUCAAAAAUUACGAUAUUGUCUGUGAUUGUACGGACAAUGUGGCCACUAGAUAUUUGAUCAACGAUGUAUGCGUUCUUCUGAAUAUUCCUCUCGUCAGUGGAAGCGCUCUCCGAUGGGACGGACAACUCUCGGUAUACCAUUAUGGCCCAGAUUGUCCCUGUUACCGAUGUCUUUUCCCAUCUCCACCGGAUCCAAGUUCUGUUACAAAUUGCAAUGAAGGAGGAGUUCUUGGUCCGAUUGUUGGUACAAUCGGAAGUAUGCAGGCGUUGGAAGUUAUGAAAAUCGCCGCGAAACUCUCGACUACUCUUGCCGGUAAACUAUUGCUUUUCGAUGGAAGAGAAGGAAAAUCGAGAACAAUUCGGUUGAGGAAGCGUGAUCCAAAAUGUGCAGUCUGUGGAGAUGAGCCUUCAAUAACAGCGCCGAUUGAUUAUAUGCUGUUUUGUGGUGCUGGAGCUCAUGACAAAAUUGAGAAUCUGAAACUUCUAGAACCCAGUGUUCGAGUGAAUGUACAUGAAUAUCAAGAAAUUAGGAGUGCUGCUCGAAAACAGUUUCUGUUGGAUACACGGCCACCAGUCGAAUUUGAGAUUGCACACCUGCCGGAAGCAAUCAGUACGUUUCUUUUGUUUUCUUUUAUUGACAAAUUUCAAUAUGAAUACGUCAUCACAGAUAUCACACUCAACGAAUGCAGAUCUUUACAAGCAGAAGAGCUGUCUUCUCGUCUUGGCGUAGACUCCCAAACUUCUGAUGUUUAUGUCAUCUGCCAUCGAGGAAACGAUUCGCAGAGAGCAGUGAAGUUGUUAAAAGAGAAAUUGGGUUCUAUUCAUUUCCGGGACAUUAUUGGCGGAUACGAAGAAUGGGCACUCAAAAUCAACGACGAAUUCCCAUUAUACUAA